AUGUUCAAACUGUGUUUAAAUAAGAUUGUGUCAGAAGCAGAAUCUGAAGUGGAGCUUCUGGUAUCCCCAGGAGUACUGAGUAAACACAGAAGGUACCUGCAGGAUCCACUCGUGUCCAUUGAUCUCUCAGAGUGGCUGAGGAUCAAAGAGUUUUUUCUUGAAGGGCUCAAGGUGUAUGGCUCUCUCUUUCACAUCAAUCACGGGAACCCCUUCAACAUGGAGGUGUUGGUGGACUCCUGGCCCGAGUAUCAGAUGGUUAUCAUCCGACCUCAAAAACAGGAGAUGACUGAUGACAUGGAUUCAUACACUAAUGUAUAUCGUAUAUUCUCCAAAGACCCCCAAAAAUCACAAGAAGUUUUGAAAAAUUGUGAGAUCAUAAACUGGAAACAGAAACUCCAAAUCCAAGGUUUUCAAGAAAGUUUAGUUGAGGGGAUAAUAGCGGCUGCAUUUUCAAAUUCAGUGAAGGUAGAGCAUUCGAGAGCACUUCUCUUUAUUUCAGAAGAUAUCCUGAAGCUCCAUGGCUCCAAUAAAAGCAAGCUUGGAAGCUGGGCUGAGACAGGCCACCCAGAUGAUGAAUUGGAGAGCGAAACUCCCAACUUUAAGUAUGCCCAGCUGGAUGUAUCUUAUUCUGGGCUGGUAAAUGACAACUGGAAGCUAGGGAAGAAUAAGAGCAGCCUGCAUUACAUCGAGCACUGUCUAGGAGCCCUGCCAGCAGCCUGUAUGCUGGGCCCAGAGGGGGUACCGGUCUCAUGGAUAACCAUGGACCCUUCUUGUGAAAUAGGAAAGAGCUACAGCAUGGAAAAAUACCGAAGGAGAGGCAACAUGAAACAGCUGAUGGUGCUAUACGUGAAGUAUUUGUGUCAGAAGAAUAUUCCAUUUUAUGGUUCUCUGCUGGAAGAAAAUCAAGGCGCCAUCAGAAUUAGUAGGGCUCUAGGUUUACUUAAGGCCUCCUGUCAGUGGCACCAAUGGACCUGCUACCCACAGAAUCUUGUUCCAUUGUAGACAAUGAAGCUGCUUAGCAAUCUUGGGCAAGUCAUCUAUUAAUAUUAAAGCAGACACCACAGAAUAGCUUUCUUCACUUACAAAUGUUGAUUGGGCAUUUAUGAUAUGGCAGGAACUCUUUCUCACAUAGAGACUUGAU